CGAGUCGGGGUGCUGGGGUUGGGUGGGGGGCAAACGCACCCGUGAGGACCCCCGCCACCAAGGCAGGCGGUGUGGGCUCUGUUCCUCUGACCCCCUCUUCCCUCCCAGGCGGAGCCAUGGGGCGCCCCACAGCAACGCUGCUGCUCCUGCUGCUGCUUCCCCACGGCAUCGGGGCCACCACCUCGCAGCCCUCGCUGCUGCCGUGCCGCUGCGAUGCGAUGAGCCAAGUGCUGGACUCGUGCACCGGCGCUGAUUGCCUCUGUGCUGCAUCCCGCGGCUCGGUCAACGCCUCCGAUUUCUUCGCACGGGAAUGUCGGGGCGGCGUGGGGACGGUGGAUGCGGGUGGCAGCGUGGCAACGGUCGGGGUGGUGGGGGGGGUCGUGGGGGGGCUCGUGGUGCUGGGGGUGGUGCUGGGGGUGGUGGUGUGGCGGUGCCGGAGGACGGCGGGCGCUGCGGGAUGGGGGAAGCGGGAGCCCCCUGCAGCCCAUGGGCAGCCCCGCUACGUCAGCCGCGAGGCAGAGAGCAGCCCUGCUGCCGUGGGGGUUUGCCUGGCACCCGACUAUGAGAACGUCUUCGUCGGCUCCUACGUGGCCCCCGGCACAGCCCCGACGCAGGAUGAGGAGCAUGGGUGGCAGCAUGAGGGGUACAGCCCCCAGGCACCGCCGGACGAUCUCUAUUUCCUGGAGAGCGACGCAGGGGAGCAGCCGAUCUACGCCAACACCGGGACUCAUAGAGAGGACAUCUAUGUCAGCCCCGACCCAUGAGGGCAGCGCCCGGGGGAUUCUGCAGCGCUGGGACGGCGGAGGGGAUUUUCCUCUUUUUUUUUUUUUCUUUUUUUUCUUUUUGCAACGAGAGCAAAACGGCUGCGCGGCCGUUUCCUGCGCGGGGCUGAGGGCGGAAGCGGCCGCUUCUCCGUGGGGUUUUGCACUGCGAAAUGGGGACGGGGCGGUGGGACGCGGCGGUCCCUGCACGUCGCUCCGGAGCUCCGCGUGACACCGGGUCUGACGGCCCCAAACGCUGCCGGCGCCGCCCUCUGUGAAAUCCGACAGUCUGGGAUAAAAGUGCCGGUUUUGGACGCUGCUGGCAGUGCGCGGCUGCGAGGUGACGGCUAUGGGAUGUGUGGGUGGUGACAUGGGGGCACCCCGUGUCCCAGCCUUGCACGGGUCCUUGUGAUUCUCUAUGGUGACAUGAAAUGCUGGGCUGUCCUCAGUGACCCGUAGGACUCGUGGUCUGUCAGAACCCCCGGAGGGGCUGUGUGGGGAACUGGGGGGUCCUGCCCCCAGAGCAGAGGUGCCAGCAAUAUGGGUCCCACACUGGCAGGUUCCUAUUUCCCGGCCCCAUAAGCCCACGUCCCCAUCAUGGUGACCCCAUGUCCCACAUCCAUUGAGUUGUGGUCCCCAUAACCCCAGGUGGAGCUCAUCCUGUCCCACAUCCCCAUGUCCCCACGUUCCGUAUCUCAAUGUCCCCACGUUCCCACAUGUCCCACUUCCCCAUGGCCACCACCUCCAAGUCCCCAUGUCCCCAUAUCUCCGUGUCUCAUGUCCCACAUCCCCAUGUCCCUGUGUAUCUCAUGUCCCCAUCCCCAUCCCAUGUCCCAUAUUCUCAUAUAUCACAUCCUCACAUCUCAUGUCCCCAUAUCCUCCAUGUCCCAUAUCCCUAUGUAUCGUGUCCCCAUGUUCCCCUAUCCUAUGUCUCAUGUCCCCCUGUACCCAUGUCCCCCAUCCCCAUAUCUCAUGUCCUCAUGUCCCCAUCCCCCUGCCCCCAUCCCUGUGUCCCCUUGUCCCCCCAUCCCCUGGCUGUGGGUACAGGUAAAUGAGUGCCACAUCCCCGAUGUGGUCAGGGCUUCCCAGCGCCCGCCCCAAGGCCACAGUCAGGGCAAAGUGCUGCUGGAGCACUGCCCACAUAUGACUCACCCAUGGGUGACAAGACUGGGGGGGGGGAGCUGGGGGGGACGUGGCUGCAUGGAGCAGAGCUGCUGGCACUGUGUUCCCAUCACUUUAUUCAUUUACAUCGCGAUUUGAU